AUGGAAUCUGCGAUGCAAAACUCGAAUCCCACUAUUUUAAACAUUGCAGAUCUUCCAACUCGACUGUAUCCUGAACCUUCUGGCAAAUCGGGCACACGCAGAGUCGGCAUUUUUGCGUCUACAGAUUCUUCUGUCGCAGACCCCUCAAAUUUUGCUGUCAGUCCAUAUGCAUCCGCGGAGUCCGACGACGAUGUGAAUUUGAUGGAAGAACCCAUCGACGAGCAGGAGAUCUAUGAUCUUGUAUCCACCAUAUCGGACCCCGAACACCCGAUUUCUUUGGGAGCCUUAGCAGUUGUGUCACUUCCAGACAUUGAAAUCACACCAACGCUUCCCGAGGUGCCGGGCUCACUUGUUCGAACAGUGACUGUCCUCAUAACCCCAACAAUCACGCACUGCAGUCUCGCAACGGUCAUAGGCCUUGGUGUACGAGUUCGGCUCGAGCAAUCACUGCCGCCCCGUUUCCGGGUCGAUGUGCGGAUUAAGGAGGGAACACAUAGCACAGCUGAAGAAGUUAAUAAGCAAUUAGCUGAUAAAGAAAGAGUAGCUGCUGCACUAGAAAAUGGGACACUAAUGGGCGUCAUCGCGAAGAUGCUUGAAACAUGCCAAUGA